AUGAAGGACCUGGUAGCACUCCAGAUGAGCCGACGUCACAGACUGCCUGGAUAUGAUACCAUGAAGAAUAAAGACACUGCUCACCCCAACAAGCAGAAAAAACACAAUGCCAGCAGUCCACCCCUCCUGGGCAGCCCUGCAAUAACAAACCAGUGUGCCUCUGCAGUGGAAGAAAAAAAAAUUCCGAAUGAUGUAAGGAUUAAGUUUGAACAUAACGGGGAAAGACGAAUUAUCCCAUUUGUCCGUCCCGUCCGCUAUGAAGAUGUGCAACAGAAAGUGAAAACAGCCUUUGGCCAGCCCCUGGACCUCCACUACAUGAACAAUGAGCUAUCUAUUCCUUUGAAAAAUCAAGAUGACCUGGAUAAAGCAGUAGAUCUCUUAGACCGAAGCUCUAAUGUGAAAAGCCUUAGAAUAUUAUUGCUGUCUCAGGACAGAAACCAUACCAGUUCUUCACCCCAUUCUGGACUGCCCAAACAAGUCAGGAUUAAAACUUCCCAAUCUGUGGGGGAUGUGAACACACCCUAUCAGCAGCCAGAACCCAGAAGUAGGCAUCUGUCUGUCAGUUCCCAGAACACAGGCCGAAGUUCACCACCUCCUGGGUAUGUUCCAGAGAGGCAGCAGCGCAUUGCUCGGCAGGGUUCCUACACCAGCAUAAACAGCGAAGGCGAAUUCAUCCCAGAAACCAAUGAACAGUGUAUGCUGGACCCUUUAAGCAGUGCUGAAAACUCGGUGUCAGGAAGCUGUCAGUCCUUGGACAGGUCAGCAGACAGUCCUUCUUUUCGGAAGUCACGGAUGUCAAGGGCACAAAGCUUUCCUGAUAAUAGACAGGAGUUCUCAGACCGUGAGAAUCAUAUCUAUGACAAAGCGGGGAAAGGUGGGACCUACCCGCGGCGCUACAACGUCUCCAUGCAGCACAAAGACUACAACGAUGGCCGGAGGACAUUUCCCCGGAUACGGCGUCACCAAGGGAAUCUUUUCACCUUGGUCCCUUCCAGUCGUUCCUUAAGCACCAACGGAGAAAACCUGGGCCUGGCGUUGCAGUACCUGGACCCCCGGGCACGCCUGCGAAGUGCUGACAGCGAAAACGCCCUUGGUGUGCAGGAGAGGAACAUUCCCACCAAAUCUCCGAGUGCUCCACUGAACUGGCGACGAGGAAAACUGCUGGGCCAGGGCGCCUUUGGUCGUGUGUAUUUGUGCUAUGACGUGGACACGGGCAGAGAGCUUGCAGCUAAGCAGGUCCAGUUUGACCCGGAGAGUCCUGAAACAAGCAAGGAAGUGAGUGCCCUGGAGUGCGAAAUUCAGCUGCUGAAGAAUCUCCAGCACGAACGUAUCGUUCAGUAUUACGGCUGCUUAAGGGAUCGAGCAGAGAAGACCUUGACCAUCUUCAUGGAGUACAUGCCAGGGGGGUCGGUGAAAGACCAGCUGAAGGCGUACGGUGCUCUGACGGAAAAUGUAACCCGGAAAUACACUCGCCAGAUUCUCGAGGGAGUCUCAUACCUUCACAGCAACAUGAUUGUGCACAGGGACAUAAAGGGAGCCAAUAUUCUCCGUGACUCUGCUGGGAAUGUGAAGCUUGGGGACUUUGGGGCCAGCAAACGGCUGCAGACAAUCUGUAUGUCUGGAACAGGCAUCCGCUCUGUCACUGGCACACCGUACUGGAUGAGCCCGGAGGUGAUCAGCGGAGAAGGCUAUGGAAGAAAAGCAGACGUGUGGAGCCUCGGUUGUACUGUUGUGGAAAUGCUGACAGAGAAACCACCCUGGGCAGAGUACGAAGCCAUGGCAGCCAUUUUCAAAAUUGCCACCCAACCCACCAACCCCCAGCUCCCCUCUCACAUAUCGGAACAUUGUCGGGACUUUCUAAAGCAGAUCUUUGUGGAAGCCAGGCACAGACCCUCUGCUGAAGAGCUGCUCAGACAUCAGUUUGCACAGCUCCAGUACUGAAUUACCUCCCUUGCUUGCAGCUCGUGCUGGGCUCUCGGUGCCCCAUCUGGUCUAGUUGCAACUGCCCGUUGUGGUGCUGCAUCUUCAAAAUGCCAACUCAGCUGUCCUAGUCCUUUGGGGAAAUGAUGCCAAGGAACCUAGGGUCUGCUCUUGUGCCUGAUACCUUUUGUUUGCUGGACUAAUGUUUAUUCUACCGACAGCUGUCCAAACAGAGCUGCGUUUUCGCCCUAGUUACCUUGAUGUGAAAUUGCAGCUGGCUGCAUGUUUUCUGCAGGCCCAAGAAUGGGAAUCUAAGAAGCGUCUCACUGGUUGAACAUA